AUGAGGAUUGCGGUUGAAGGGUGUAUGCAUGGAGAACUGGACAAUGUGUACUCAACUCUUUUGUAUUUGCAAGAACGGGAGAACACAAAAAUCGACCUUCUCAUCUGUUGUGGCGACUUUCAGGCUGUUAGAAAUGAGAAAGAUUUGGAAAGCCUAAAUACACCACAUAAACACCGAAGGAUGAACACUUUUUGGAAGUAUUACUCAGGAGAAAAAGUAGCUCCAUUUCCAACUAUAUUCAUUGGUGGGAAUCAUGAAGCUUCCAAUUAUCUAUGGGAACUAUACUAUGGAGGGUGGGCAGCACCUAAUAUUUACUUCUUGGGGUUUGCUGGAGUGGUCAAGUUUGGCAACAUUCGUAUUGGUGGACUAUCUGGAAUUUACAACGCCCGCCAUUAUCAUUUAGGACAUUAUGAAAGGCUGCCCUAUAACGAGAGUGACAUCCGUUCUAUAUAUCAUGUUCGUGAGUAUGAUGUUCACAAGCUCAUGCAAGUUGAGGAACCAAUAGAUAUUUUCCUUUCGCAUGAUUGGCCUUGUGGCAUCACAGAGCAUGGAAAUUGGAAAGACCUUGUUCGUCUAAAACCUUAUUUUGAGAAGGAGGUUCGGGAAAGAACUCUGGGAAGUAAAGCUGCUGCAGAAUUACUUGAAAGAUUGAAGCCUCCUUACUGGUUUUCAGCACACCUACACUGUAAAUUUGCUGCUCUAGUCCAACAUGGGGACAAUGGCCCAGUGACAAAAUUUCUUGCACUUGAUAAAUGCCUCCCAAGACGAAAUUUUUUGCAGAUUAUUCAAGUUGAGUCGGAGCCAGGACCGCAUGGGAUUCAGUAUGAUGAAGAAUGGCUGGCAAUCACACAGAAGUUUAACUCUAUAUUUCCUAUUACUGUCAAACGCGCAAAUUUUGAGGGUGUACAACUCGACAUGCAAAAAUGUCGUGCAUGGGUCAGGAGUAAGCUGCAAACUAGAGGAGCCAAACCUUUUGAAUUUACGCCGACGGUUCCUUGUCAUGGUUCUUCUCAAACUAUGGCCAGUGGUUCCUUUUCUGAACAUUUUCGGAACCCUCAAACAGAGGCUUUCUUGCAGUUUCUGGAACUUCAGUAUUUUCUCGAUAAUGCAUUGGAACCAAGGGAGCUAUUCAAUAGUCCAGCUUCAUUCAUUUCUACAGGUUCCUUUGACAAUGAUAGUGAAGACAUUCCCCUUGAUGAUGUUGAUGAAAUAGAAGAACUUGCAGAAGCUGGUGAUGCAUAAACCGAAAAGGAAUAUCUGUAAGCUUGUAUCAUCCAGAUACUGCAAGCUAAGCAAGGAUGUUGAUGUUCUUGGCUUAUAAGCAGAAAAACUUAGACAUGCUACUUUGCCAAUGUUGGUGUUUGCUUAAGGCUCGCGUGCUUUUGAUAUUUUGGAAUUCCAAGGUUAAUGAUGCUGGAGGAUGAAGCCUAUCAAUCUCAAAAUGGAUAUAAUUGUCCGCGCUUGUGACUCGUGUCCUAGUGUUCAUUAAGUCGUCGUCAUCAUCCUCAUCAUCAGGUUCUCAUAUUCUUCAUGGAUUUUGACCUUUGUAAAUCCCAAACGGAAGAAGACAACAUGAUCCAGGGAAGUUUAGCAUCUCUUUUGUUGUAAUUCUGUGGUGGUCAUGGGUUAUUGGAC